CUCUCUCUCUCUCUCUCUUGUUGACUUGGGAGAUAAAUUGAUUAAAACCCAGUUCCAACUGAAUUCUCUGGAGUCUGUGCCAUUCUUUUUAUUUCUGUUUUAGAUCCAGAUUUAACUCAAAACUAUAUAUAUAUAUAGACAAAUUAUUAUGUCAUAACAUAUAUAGUACCACCAUUUCCGUUUCAACAACCAAGAAAAUGAUGGCCUGACACUUCAUCAAACAAAAAAAAAAAAACCCCAUCUUUCCAAAAUUUAAAUUUCUGGGGUUUCAGAACCAAUUUCUCAAAACGCCGUCGUUUUAACAAGUGUUCAUCAAUGGCGCCAAACACAGUAGUGGUGACACUCGAGAAACCAGAGAAUAUAUCACUAAUAGAAAUGAAAGAUUCGAAUAGAUUCGAAGAGAAGCAAAAGGGAUCGAGCCCGAAGCAGUUCACUUGGCUGCUACUGCUAAAAGCCCACAGAAUCCUCGCAUUCGUUCCGUGGCUGGCGAACAACCUGCCGACAGUUUUCGGGUCGGUGAAGAAGCGCAUUGCCACGUCGGAUCCGAGCGAGGAGGACCCGAGGUACAAGGGGCGCCUCUACAUAUUCAUAAAAGCGUUUCUCGCAGUUUCGAUCGUUGCUUUGUUGGUCGAAGUUUUCGCUUAUUUCAACGAGUGGGAAUUGAUCAAUCCAACUGUGGAGGUUCAGAAUCUUGUGCAGUGGUGCUACGUGGCUUGGCUCAACUUCAGAGUUGACUAUAUUGCCCCUGUCAUUGUUUCUCUUUCUAAAUUCUGUAUUCUACUCUUCAUGAUCCAAUCAUUGGAUAGAUUCGUCCAGUGUUUGGGAUGCUUCUGGAUUAAGUUCAAGAGAUUGAAACCCAUUGCAGAGGAUGAAGAUUAUGAUGUUGAAGAUGGAUCUUCUUUCCCCAUGGUUCUUGUUCAGAUUCCCAUGUGCAACGAGAAAGAGGUGUAUGAGCAAUCGAUAGCGGCGGCGUGUGAGUUAGAUUGGCCGAAAGAUCGGUUUCUAAUACAAGUGUUGGACGAUUCAGAUGAUGAGUUAUUACAGCAUCUGAUCAGGGAUGAAGUGACGUCAUGGAAAGAGAAAGGGGUCAACAUUAUUUACAGGCACCGGUUCAUCCGAACCGGUUACAAAGCCGGCAACCUUAAAUCAGCCAUGUCUUGCGACUACGUCAAAGACUACGAGUUCGUCGCUAUUCUCGACGCCGAUUUCACACCCAACCCCGAUUUCCUCAAACUUACAAUUCCCCAUUUCAAGGGAAAUCCGGAGUUAGGAUUGGUCCAGGCUCGAUGGUCGUUUGUGAACAAGGACGAAAACUUACUGACAAGACUUCAAAACAUCAAUUUGUGCUUCCACUUCGAAGUGGAGCAGCAAGUGAACGGGCUUUUCCUAAACUUCUUCGGUUUCAACGGGACAGCUGGCGUGUGGAGGAUCAAGGCCUUGGAAGAUUCCGGAGGCUGGCUCGAGAGGACAACCGUCGAGGAUAUGGAUAUAGCUGUCCGAGCCCACUUGAACGGGUGGAAAUUCAUUUACCUUAACAAUGUUAAGGUUCUCUGCGAAUUGCCCGAAUCUUACGAAGCGUAUAAGAAACAACAACACCGUUGGCAUUCCGGUCCAAUGCAACUAUUCCGGCUUUGCCUCCCUGCAAUCGUAACUUCCAAGAUAUCAGCGUGGAAGAAGGCGAAUUUGAUAUUUCUGUUCUUUCUUCUGAGGAAACUCAUACUUCCAUUUUACUCGUUCACACUGUUCUGCAUUAUUCUGCCAUUGACGAUGUUCAUACCGGAAGCCGAAUUACCGGCAUGGGUUAUCUGCUACGUGCCGAUCGUGAUGUCGAUAGUGAAUAUCCUCCCGUCGCCGAAAUCGUUCCCGUUUCUAAUGCCGUAUCUGCUGUUCGAAAACACCAUGUCUGUGACAAAGUUCAACGCCAUGAUUUCCGGGCUGUUCCAGCUGGGGAGUUCUUACGAGUGGGUGGUGACGAAGAAAACCGGAAGAUCGUCCGAAUCGGAUUUAGUGAGCCUGGCCGAGAGAGAAUCGAAGACUGCCAACGAAGAGAAGAUUCAGAGGAGGUUGUCGGAAUCCGGCCUGGAAAUGCUCGGCAAGAUCAAUGAGCAGAAUGAGGUUAAGGUGGCGGCGGCGGUGGUUGGGCCGCCGGCGAUGAAGGCUAAGAAGAAGAAGAACAGGCUUUACAGGAGUGAGCUAGCGCUGGCGUUUCUGCUGCUGACGGCGGCGGCGAGGAGUUUGUUGUCGGCGCAGGGGAUUCAUUUCUAUUACUUGCUGUUUCAGGGGUUGUCUUUUUUGGUGGUGGGAUUGGAUUUGAUUGGGGAGCAAGUCAGCUGAUUUUUUUUUUUUAAUUUUUUAUUUAUUAUAAUUUAGUGGUGGUGGUGAUAUAUAUAUUUUCUUGAAAUUCGAUUUAUAUGUGAUUUUGAAGAUUGUUAUUACUACUACAUACAUAACAGUUUGAAGAAACUGAUUUGUCCGGUUCUGUUAUGAACCGGGUUUUCAUCACAGAGUGAGGGUUUAGCAAAGUAGAUUUGAUUCUUUUAAUUGUAUAAUUAUUACAAGGUAUAAACACUCUUUCAGAUUAUUUAUAUACUAGUACUGCUGAAUGUAAAUAAGUUUUAUUUUUUCUUUUUAAUUUGGUAUUGAAUAAAGCUGGUUUUAUAUUA